UCUCACACAUGCAACUGAGUUCCUUCAGCUGAUUCCACCAUCACCCAUCUCCAUAUAGGCACCACAGAAAAACAAAAGACUGCCUGCUCUUUCGCUUCGAGCUCCCUUGAUUUUUUUUUCUUAUUUUUUUCCUUAAACAAUCUUAUAUAACACAGCAUGAGCUUUAGAGGAGGUCGUGGUGGUGGAGCCCCAAGAGGCCGUGGCGGUAGUGCCCGUGGUGGUGGACGUGGUGGAUUUGGUGGUGGUGCCCCUUCUUUCGGACCACCAGAAUCUGUACUUGAAAUGGGUCAGUUCACGCACGCUUGCGAAGGAGAAAUGGUCUGUAAAUCGACCAACUCUAAGAUCCCAUAUUUCAAUGCCCCCAUCUACCUUGAAAACAAGAGCCAGAUCGGAAAGGUCGACGAGAUUCUCGGUCCUAUGAACGAACUCUAUUUUACAAUCAAGCUUCAGGAUGGCAUGGUUGCAACCUCUUUCAAGCCCAAUGACAAAGUCUUCAUCGCCCCUGAUAAGCUCUUACCUUUGGAGCGCUUCUUGCCCAAACCCAAGGCCGUCGGAAAAGUUGCUAAGCGUGGAGGCAUGCAAGGCAUGAACGCUGCACGUGGUGGACGUGGCGCAGCCCGCGGUGGUGCUCGUGGUGGUCGUGGUGCUCCACGUGGUGCUCCUCGCGGUCGUGGUGGUUUUAGCCGUGGUGGCGGUGGCGGUGGUGCCCCUCGCGGUCGUGGCGGCUUCAGCCGUGGUGGCGGUGGCGGUCGUGGCCGCGGAUAAAUAUCCAGCUUUAUGAGUUUGUGUGGAGAUCUAGGGUAUUAUCGAAGUAUAAAGAUAUUUGCAUAUUGUUUUCAUUUUUCACUAUUUUAUUGAGCUUGG